CUCCCCAGUGUGAAAUAAUCACACACAUAAAUAAAUAAAUAAAUAAAUAAUUAAAUAAAUAAAUACUCCAAAAGAGUGAAACCCAGAUAUCCUUCUCUGAGAUUUCUCACUCCAACGAAAAAUGGCUCUCCGGAGCUCCUACCGAACUCCAUUUUCCGAUCGUAGCAUCGCCGUUUCCGGCACCGGAAUUCGGCUCACGUUCAAGCUCUUCGCCUCUUUUCUCACUGUCGCUGUUUUCCUUUUAUUAGCUCUCUCUUUUCUCUUCACUUCCUCCUCCGAUCCCUCCGAUCUCUCCGUCGGAAAUUCACAUGAUUUAUAUAGAGGUGGAUCACUAAGAAGAUCAGUUUUAGCUUUGAAAUCCGAUCCACUGAAGCCGAGGCUUGAUCAGAUUAAGAAGCAAGCAGAUGAUCACCGUGCAUUGGCUCUAGCUUAUGCUUCCUAUGCUCGGAAGCUGAAGCUCGAGAACUCAAAGCUCGUUCGAGUUUUUGCUGAGUUAUCUAGGAACUUUACAGAUCUGAUUUCAAAACCUUCAUACCGCACACUAUUUGACUCGGACGGGAACUCUAUGAACGAAUCGGUGCUCAGGCAGUUUGAGAAAGAGGUGAAGGAACGGAUUAAAGUCACCCGACAAGUUGUUGCUGAGGCAAAAGAGUCAUUUGAUAAUCAAUUAAAGAUUCAGAAGCUGAAAGAUACAAUUUUUGCUGUCAAUGAGCAGCUAACGAAGGCGAAGAAGCAAGGUGCUUUCUCGAGCUUGAUUGCUGCAAAGUCGAUCCCAAAGAGUGUGCACUGUUUGGCAAUGAAGCUAAUGGAAGAGCGAAUCGCACAUCCAGAUAAGUAUACCGAUGAUAUGAAGCCUACUCCACCAGAAUUCGAGGAUCCUAAUCUUUAUCAUUAUGCAAUUUUCUCUGACAAUGUGCUUGCUGCUUCAGUUGUGGUGAAUUCGGCAGUUAAACACUCAAAAGACCCAUCGAAGCAUGUGUUUCAUGUGGUGACUGAUAAAAUGAAUCUUGGGGCUAUGCAAGUUAUGUUCAAGAUGAAAGACUAUAAUGGGGCUUUUAUUGAAGUGAAGUCGGUCGAGGAUUAUAAGUUCCUGAAUUCUUCUUAUGUUCCAGUACUUAAACAACUUGAAUCUGCAAAACUACAGCAGUUUUACUUCGAGAAUAAGCUCGAGAAUGCAACAAAGGAUACAACUAAUAUGAAAUUCAGGAACCCGAAGUAUCUCUCAAUAUUGAACCACAUUAGAUUCUAUUUACCAGAACUGUACCCCAAGUUGCACAGAAUAUUGUUCUUGGAUGAUGAUAUAGUUGUUCAGAAGGAUUUGACUGGUUUAUGGAAGAUAGAUAUGGAUGGUAAGGUGAAUGGAGCUGUGGAGACAUGUUUUGGUUCAUUCCAUCGUUAUGCACAAUACAUGAAUUUCUCACAUCCUUUGAUCAAGGAGAAGUUCAACCCCAAAGCUUGUGCAUGGGCUUAUGGGAUGAACUUCUUUGACUUGGAUGCUUGGAGGAGGGAGAAGCUCACUGAGGAAUACCAUUACUGGCAGAGUCUG